AGUAAGGCAGAGUGAGGGGAUGGCGUGACAGGGGGCUGUGGCAGGGCCACUUCAUGCAGGGUGAGACCCCUGGAGAGAAGGCGUCUGGGCGGAGCCCUAAGUGUCCCAAAGAGGAGGGAGGGAGCAGCCAGGCCUGGCCACGGAGGCUGCUGCGAGGACUGCAGGGUGUCAGGGUCUAGCCCUCACACAGAUGGGAGAAGGGGCGGCAGGGGCAGCUGCAGGAAGGCCCGGCCUGGACCAGGGUGGAGACAGCCCUGGGCCGUGAAGAGGCUGAACUCAGGUGUCUUCAGAGGUGGGACUCAUGGACCGGAUGGGGCCACGGGAGGGCAGCCCAGGACCCCACUCCCCGGGACCCACUGGUCCUGCACCCAGGGAUCCUCCCAGGCCACCCCUGGCUUCGAGCCCGACUCAGCCGUCCCCACAGCUGCUUUCUUCCUUUAUUCCUUAUUUUGCUGAAACCUGUCAACCAAUGACUUCCCAAGAAAGGGAAUUAGUUUCCCAAGGCUGUCACCAAAAGUACCACAAAUUGACUUAACAGAAAUUUAGUUUCUCCCAGCUCUGGGGGGCAGGAGUCAGAAAUCCAGCAGGGGCGGGGCCUGGCCCCCUCCGAGGUUCUGGGGCAGGGUCCUUCCUGCCUCUUCCAGCUUGAGGGGCUCUGGCUCCUGGGUUCAAGGCCACAUUCUCCUGUUCCUGUGGCCGUCCCCCCUGCGUGCCAUCUUCUAUUCUCCUAUAAGGACACAUGGCAUUAGGGCCCUCCCGGCAUUCCGGGGUGGCCUCACCUUGAGGUCCUGGAUUUAAGGACAUCUGCAAAGACCCUUUGUACAAAUAAGCUCAGUCCCAGGUUCUGGGGGUGAGGAUGCAGACACGUCUUCUGUAAUGGCUCCCACCACGCAUCUUAGCUUUGUCUAAGGGAGAAAGGGGGCCUUGCCAGGAGCCGCCCUGCACAGUGGGGACCCCGGGCCCCACCCUAGACCCAGCUCCCGACGGCUCCCAGUGGCUUCCGGCCCCAGGCGGGCUCCCUGCCCCGCUUCUGCGUCCUUUUGGUGGGAACCUGAGCGCAUCAGCUCCUGCUAAAGCAAUCACCCCACCCCACCCCCAGCCUCCGAGUGACGCUCCCAGACAAGAGCUUGCACCAGGGAGGGUCAUUUUCCAAAGAAACUGUUUGCAUGUGUUUUAAACUUGUCUCCUUGGGAACAUCCAACGGUGCCGUGCCCAUCAGCCGGAAGGCACGUGCCUUUCAUGAACGUGGACGAAGUACCUGGUUCCCAGCCAGGGUCGGAGGGAAAACCGCUCCACUCAGUGGCACAUGAGACAGAGAGGACAACUCCUGCCCUCGGGGGAGCUGGGUCAGCAUGGGCUGCCUGGGGCAGAAGACCCGGGCGCGUUUCCUUAUUUUUGUGCCCGUCUGUCUCCUUGCAGCUUUGUCACAGGAAUCCGGAACAGCAAGGCAAAGAAAACCAUUUCUGGAGAGGCUCCGGAGACUAGAAGAGCAGUUCCGCAGAUUUCAGCAGGUGACAACAACACACCUGCAGGGCAUCGCCCGCAACUACAACAUGUCCUACAACAUCGACGUCCGGUUCUGGAGCCUGGCUCAGGAGAGCUGCGCCCUGGCCCUGGCCGCCAACCAGUCGCAGGCCGCGGUGCAGGCCGACCUGGGCCACCUGAGGAGCUGGGUGAGGCGGACGCAGCACAGGGGCUGCAAGGUGGAUGCCAAGCUGCUGGCCCUGGACCUCGCCCUGAGCGAGGGCACCGAGCAGCAUGCCCGGGAGAAGGCAGAGCAGAAGGCCCAGGGGGACACCCUGUCCAGCCUGGCCCUGGCCGUGCAGGCCCUGCAGGACUCGCUGGCUCCCCUGGCGCGCCUUGUCCAGAGCCAGGGUACCAGGCUGGCUGCUCUCGGGGGAUGGCUGCAGGAGGCUAGCCCGGGCACCGCCGCUCCCGAGCAGACCCCUGCCCCCACCCCGGCCCCAGCCCUGGCCCUGGCCCCGGCCCAGCCCGAGUGGCCCAGCCCAGUCUCCCUGGGGCCGCAGAGGGACAGGAGACGUGGGAGCCCCCCAGCCUGGCUGGCCAACAGGCACCCAGGGGGACAGCGGCAGCCCCAAGGGACCCUCCUCAGCUUGCACGGUCCCCCCAGGAACCAGGAGAGACCGUCUCCCAGGAGCUGUAACCUUAUGCUCCACGGGUCCCACCUGCCCGCUGUCAGCCUUGACCAGGCAGCAGCCUGCCCACCACCCACCAUCCGCCCCGUCCUCGGUGUCCCCGCUUGGAGGUCCCCACAGCCUUUGCAGACAAGUUUGGCUUUGCCAUUUCCGACCACCUGGGUCCGGGUUUUCCGGCCAGCUCUUCCGUGCGGAGGUGCUGCGCUGGGUGCCGUGGGGUGUCCAGCGGCCUCUCUUGCCUCUCCUUGCGAGGUGCCUGUCCAUCCCUGGUGCUCAGUUUUGCUGCGCUCACUGCCCUGGCUGGUUCAGCACCCUUGGGGCCCCGCAGCUCUCGAGUCGGCCACACCAGGCCCAGCCCGCCGGAGCCGGCACUCCUCCCUCUGCUUCCACGUGGGACCGGCACUCGUGUUCCCCAACGCCUCCUCCGAGAACGCAGUCUUCCUCCACCCCGGCCUGCUGGCAGGGCUGCGGGCUCUGUCCGUCUGCAGCUGGGUCCGCACGGCCGCGGGCUACCUGGGCACUCUCCUCUCCUCCGCCACCGAGGACAAGGACACCAAGCUGGUGCUGCCCGGCAGCCACUCCCUGCUCCCCGGCUCCCUCCACCUCGUGGUCGGAGACCCGGCCUUCAGGGAGCUGCCACUGCAGCCGCUGCUGGACGGCCGCUGGCACCACCUGUGUGUCAUCUGGACGUCUGUCCGGGGAAGGCACUGGCUCUACGUGGACCGCAGGCCGGUGGCCACCAGCUCCCACUUCAGGGAGGGCUACGAGAUCCCACCCAGGGGGGCCCUGGUGCUGGGCCAGGAGCAAGACCGCGUGGGGGGCGGGUUUGACGGUGCCGAGGCCUUGUGGGACCGGGUGCUGGCCCCUGGGGAGGUCGCCGAUCUUGCCGCCGGGAAGGGGCUCCCGCCAGGCGCCAUCCUGACGCCGGCCAAUGCCGCGUCUGCAGGCGGGUCCAUGCAGAUGGUCACCUGCACCUGCCUGGAGCUCUGCCCACGAGGCCACCCUGCGGGGGCUGUGGUUGUGCCCUGCGCUGCCAGCCUCUGCCGCCACCAGCCACCCCCGACCCCAGCACAUCCCGCGAGGGGCGAGGCCUCUGCUCUGGGCCACACUUACCUGCCCGCUGGGGCAGCUCUGGCAUCGCAUCAGGGCUGGGGGAGGGCACCUGGCAGCGUUCCAGAUCCUUUUCAUGGCUGUGGGUCCCGACGUGUGUGUGCCCAGCCUCUGCCUGCCUCUGUUCCAUCAGCAGGGCGUGAUCAGGUGCACAGGGCUGCUGGCCCCUGAGGCCUCUAGACUGGGGGUGGAUUUGCAGCAACGAGAGUCCCUGGAAACCGUGUGGGCGUUUGAACCAUCACCGCCCUCUCCCCAGCGUGACUUACGGCAAUGUCGCCUGGGGUGAUCGCUAUUCCAGCAUCUCUCACGGGAAGACCCCAACCCCACGGCCUCCUCCCUGGAAGCCUCAGCCGGGUGGUCCGUCCUACCAUCCUGGGGUGGCCAUGGAGGCCGCCAGAGCCCACAGAAUGGAGGGAAAACUGCUUCAGAUCAGUGGGAUCCUGGGGGAGCAAGCCACUGAAAAGUAAGGGCUGGAGGUGGACACGGCCACAGUUCUUACACAACUCUGUUGAGGUAUGAUUUACUUACACUAAAGUUCAGCUGUUUUAGGUGUACGAUUCAAAGGUUUUUAGCAAGUUGACCAAGUUGAACAAUUGCCACCAAAAUCUAGUUUAGAAAAUGUCACCCUGAAAAGAGCUGUGCCCGUGAGCAGGCUCUCCCCCACCCCAGCCCCCAGCAACCGCCCCUCUGCUCCCGUCCUGCUCCCUGUGUCUACGACGUGUCUCUUCUGUGUGUUCCACAUAAAUGUA